AUGCCAUCCGUCAGCUGGUACCGUACCCCCGACCAUCUUGCCUAUAUAUACAAGUCAGUCGGCGGGUGGCAGAAUCGAAAUGAUAAAUCAUGGAGGGCGAAAUAUGAUGCGAAUCAGAAGAGGAAUCGCUUUGAGGUGUCAAAGUUGACGGAGCGGAUCAAAGCCGGCCGUGGCUCGUUUGUUCAGACGCGGAUCGAAAAAUCGCUUCUCCGGAUGCCAAAUGUGCGCAUGGUGUCGGGGCAGACCGUGCUGCUGGCUGGGCUUGUUGAGUCUCCGAGUUACGGUAGCUAUAGCCACAAUGCAGAUAUUUCUUCUCUUACGGCU